AGAAGACAGACAGUGCAGGAGAAGAGGAAACAACCACAUCGCUUGUACUUCAUCUCCUUCAAUCACUGCUCUUAUCGUUUCAAAUUUUACUUAGAUUUGUGACUUGAAGCGCUAAUCAUGAGACUUGGAGUCUUGGCGUUUCUGGUUCUGGGAACCUGUUCUUUAAGAGCCUGGUGUGUGCCGCUCAAAUCCGUGUAUGUGACAUUUCCUGGAGAUGUGAUCAAGAACAUGACAGACAAACAGCUGGCAGAUGAGUACCUGCAGCGUUAUGGCUACAUAGAUGUCCUCCAGAAGAGUGGACUGCAGGCAGUCGUGUCCACUUCUAAAGCACUGAAGCAGCUCCAGAAGCAGCUCGGGCUGGAGGAGACCGGCUCUCUUGACCAGCCCACAAUUGACGCCAUGAAGCAGCCUCGCUGUGGGGUCCCAGACAUCCGCAACUAUCAGACUUUCACAGGAAACCUGAAGUGGGAUAACAAGGACGUUACAUACAGGAUUUUGAACUACUCACCCGACAUGGAAGCCUCUUUGACCGAUGACGCCUUUGCCAGAGCUUUCAAAGUCUGGAGUGAUGUUACCCCUCUGACAUUCAGGCGCCUCUAUGACGGCACUGCUGACAUCAUGAUCUCCUUUGGCAAAGCUGAUCACGGCGAUCCCUACCCCUUUGAUGGGAAAGAUGGGCUGCUGGCUCAUGCCUACCCUCCAGGUGAGGGAAUCCAGGGAGAUGCCCAUUUUGAUGAUGAUGAAUACUGGACCCUUGGCUCUGGACCAGUGAUUAAAACCAGCUAUGGUAAUGCAGAGGGUGCAACGUGUCACUUCCCCUUCCUGUUUGAGGGACAAUCCUACUCCACCUGUACCACGGAGGGGCGCACAGAUGGUCUCCCCUGGUGCGCAACCACCGCAGACUACGACAAGGACAAGAUAUUUGGCUUCUGUCCCAGUGAGCUUCUCUCCACAUUUGGUGGGAACAGCAACGAAGCACCAUGUGUUUUCCCCUUCGUGUUUCAGGGGGAAAAAUAUGACUCUUGCACCACAGAUGGACGAACUGAUGGGUAUCGCUGGUGUGCCACUACAGCUAACUAUGACACUGAUAAGCAGUAUGGAUUCUGUCCUAACAGAGAUACAGCUGUGAUUGGUGGAAAUUCAGAAGGUGAGCCAUGCCAGUUUCCUUUCACCUUCCUUGGAACCCAAUACUCUUCUUGCACCAGUGAAGGCCGUAGUGAUGGAAAACUCUGGUGUGCAACUACCAGCAACUAUGACACAGAUAAAAAAUGGGGAUUUUGCCCUGAUGGAGGAUACAGUCUGUUUCUGGUGGCUGCUCAUGAGUUUGGACAUGCACUUGGUUUGGACCACUCCAACAUCAAAGACGCACUGAUGUAUCCCAUGUACAAAUACAUAGAGGAUUUCUCUCUGCAUGAGGAUGAUAUUAAGGGCAUUCAGUAUCUCUAUGGACCUAAAACUGGCCCUGAUCCCACUCCUCCAGAACCACAGUUCACCACUUCCUCUCCGAUUUUGCCAACUAAAUCCACCCCGAGUGAGAAAACAACCACCGUUUCUACCACAGUACAUGUCGACCCUUCAAAGGAUGCUUGCCAAAUCAAGGAAUUUGAUGCCAUCACUGAAAUCCAGGAAGAGCUUCAUUUCUUCAAGGAUGGGUACUACUGGAAGAUCUCAAACAAAAGAGAACGCAAAGGUCCUUUCUUGAUAUCUGAGAAGUGGCCUGCCCUGCCAGCCGUCAUUAACACUGCCUUUGAGGACCAGCUCACGAAAAAGAUCUACUUCUUUGCAGAAAAACAGUUCUGGGUUUAUACUGGAAAUGAGGUGUUUGGACCACGUAAAAUCGAGAAGCUCGGCCUGCCAAGCAACUUGGACAGAGUGGAUGGAGCUGUGCAGAGAAAAUAUGGCAAGGUGCUCCUGUUUAACGGGGAGACCUUCUGGAGACUUGAUGUGAAGGCUCAGCUGAUAGACAGUGGAUACCCAAAAUUCUUUGACUCUUAUUUUGGUGGAGUGCCCACUGAUUCACAUGAUGUAUUCCUCUACAAGGGUUUCCUUUACUUCUGCCGGGAGAAUUUCUACUGGAGAAUGAAUGCCAGAAGGCAGGUUGACCGAGUCGGUUAUGUGAAGUACGACCUCCUAAAAUGCUAAGAUGUGCAGUCGCUGUGCACAGUGACAACAUCCGACAUCCUAACCUGAUGACAGAGCCCUUUUCAAUAGGGAAACCAUUUCUCUUCAGUGUAAAAUGUAGUGAGGAAGACACAGACAGAAUGUAGUAAAUUUAAAGUCUCUGUUAUGGGGACUUUGACUUUAACUGUUAUAGGAAAAGAACUGUUUUAACACUGAAAUUAUCUUAGGCACAUGAAACGGGAUGUUAGGCAUAUUUGUCUGUUAGCUUUAAAGUGGUCUUAUAAUUUAUUUCAGCUUACUAUAUAACUGCUUCGUCCACGAUGAGUUUCUUAACAGCACAUUAAGAGAAACUAUAAUCUUGUUCUAUCAAACUACAAUGAGGCACUGCCAGACUAAUUUUUAGGAAUUAACUUUGUUUGUAAAUGUAUGAGUGGAGUCACCUCAGGAACAUUGUAGCCUAAAUGCAUUUGUUGUCAACAAAGCAUCCAUUCUCUGUGUAUUGACCCCACUCACAUGUUUUUCUAAGCAAAGGUUUAUUUUUAGCCUUAGAGCUAAUAUUGAGAUGUUAUUUAGCCCAGAUUUGGCAUAUUGUGAAAUCAUUUGCCUGGCGUAAAUGAUAAUAUUAUUAUUAUUAAUUUAAUUUUCCACAUUCCACUUAUUUAUAUUUUUAUUUGUUUGUUGCAUUGUUUAUGACUGCUCAAUAAAUUUGUAAACAAGACCAUUCAA